CGGGGCGGGGCGGCCCGGGCAGGGCCGGGAGCCGCCGGGAGCCGCCGGGAGCCGCCGGAGCCGCCGCCCGCCAUGGAACCCAACAGCCCCCGCAAGAUCCAGUUCACGGUGCCGCUGCUGGAGCCGCACCUCGACCCGGAGGCGGCCGAGCAGAUCCGGAGGCGCCGACCAACUCCUGCCAACCUGGUCCUGAGCAGCGACCAGUCGUCCCCAGAGAUUGACGAGGACCGACUGCCUAACCCCCUGCUGAAGUCGGGUCUGGCCAUGUCACCCAGGCAGAGGAAGAAGGUUUCCCGCACCACCCCGACCAUGAAAGAGCUGCAGAUGAUGGUGGAGCAUCACCUGUGCAAGCAGGCGCAGGGCGAGGAGGAAGAGGAGGCAGCCGCCGCCGGCCACGAGCGUGGCCCUGGCCGCUGCCACCACAGUGACACCGAGCACAGCCACAGUCCCGGUGGCACCUGCCCGCUGGCCACGCACGAGGGUGGCCCCGGUCCCGGCGAGCGGACCCACGGAGAUGAGCGGCAAAGCCUGGCUGAGGAGGGCACCCAUAUAGCACCGAAGGAGGCCAGCGGCAAGGGUGCUGCCAGCAGCCAGUAGGUGCCAGCGGCGGCAGGAACGAGGCCACGGCCGGGCCGAAGGAGCCAAACGCUGCAUUAUUUUUUUUAUCUGAUCGUUUUCUAAGAUUUCGACGGCUGCUUUGGGGCUUCCGGAGGAUUUUUUUUUUUUUUUUUUUUUUUUUUACUGCCGCGGGCAGGUCCCCCCUGGGGGGGGGGCUCUGGGGACACUGGCAAGCCGGGCUGCCCACCCUGUCCCCUCGCCCUUCCCAGGUCCCCAGGGCAGGUGACGCUGGGGACACCGAGCAGCACCCCUGCAGCACGGCUCGUGCCACCCCCCCCCCUCACUGCCAGCCCCAGGGUGUCCCCAGGGCCCCCCCCCGGCCACCCCGCUGUCACCACCACCACCCCCCCCCAGGCUGGGGGACAUGUGGCCCCGCUGCUCCCAGGGACACGGGGCGCUGCACCCUUCCCAUGCACACGCGUGUGUGCGUGCACACGCUGGUAGGUGUGCACGCUUGCACACGUGUGGCGGGGGGGUGCACAUGCAUGCACCCGCGGGGGAAACCCGGGCGUUUGCACGCACACACGUGUGCACAUACGGACACGGGGGGGGGGGGGGCAAGCCCGCGCACUUUGCACAUGUGAUUUGCAUGCACGCCCAUGUGCGUACACACAGAGCACGCGUGCACACGCCUGGGCGGGCGCGGGGACCCCCCCGCUUCAGCCGGUAUUAAAGGGAUCCCUUCUCCCC